UUUGUCCUUAGGACUUUAUCUACCAGUGAUGAUGUUGAGGACCGAGAAACUGAGAAAGGCCGUUUGGAAGAAGCUUAUGAGAAAUGUGACCGGGAUUUGGAUGAGCUCAUUGUCCAGCACUACACCGAGCUGACCACUGCCAUCCGCACCUACCAGAGCAUCACCGAGCGCAUCACCAACUCCCGCAACAAGAUCAAACAGGUGAAGGAGAAUCUGCUGUCGUGCAAGAUGCUGCUGCAUUGCAAACGGGAUGAGUUGCGCAAGCUGUGGAUUGAAGGGAUUGAGCACAAGCAUGUCCUGAAUUUGCUGGAUGAGAUUGAGAACAUCAAACAGGUGCCUCAGAAGCUGGAACAGUGCAUGGCCAGCAAGCGCUACCUCAACGCAACAGACAUGCUG